UACUAAGAAGUUGAAGCAUAGAGGGAAUAAACCUAAUUUGAGUUCUGGUGUAUGUAUUGUCCACUAAAAUAAUAAUACAAUGUUAAAAAUGAAAUGAUGUUAAAUCAAUGUUAAAAAUGCACCUUUGGGCAAAUAUGACUGCAGCCUAAUAAGUCCAAUGAAAAGAAAGGAAAUUAUUUUAAAAUGAACUUCAUCUACAGAAAAAUAUCACUACACACCUAACUACAUUUAAAUGAGUGAUAGGGUACAUAUAUUUUAGUGUUGAAAACAAAUAAUACUAUUGAAAUCAAAUUUCUUUCUAUGACGCAGGAAGGACAAAUGGGCUGAUGGGUUGUGUGAUGGGAGGGAUAUGGAGAAAUAUUGCGCUUGUUCCUUACCUCCUUGUGACAUACUGAGUGCCUCCUACAGAGAAGACAGCACAAUGACUGAUCCAAACACAUCUUCUUUUGACUUUGGCUUCAUUUAUUAUGAACUCAACCUCACCUACAACAACAACACAGAGUUCAUCUUUGACCCUGAAACGCAGCCAUGCAAUCCGUUCACCCUCCCGGAUGCUCUGACGGUGUUUAUAAGUGCGUUUUAUGUCCUGAUCUUCAUUUUGGCCAUUCCUGGAAAUCUGGUUGUCGUGUUUGUGAUCGGCCCCUGUAAGCAGGCGCUUUCUCCCUCUGACAUUUACCUCCUGCACCUGGGAGUUGCUGACCUCCUGCUGGCUGUUACCCUCCCGUUUUGGGCCACAUCUAUUACUCAGGGUUGGGUGUUUGGAGAUGCCAUGUGCAAAAUUGUCACCAUCCUUCAAGAGCUGAGUUUCUACUCUAGCGUUCUCUUCCUGACCUGCAUUAGCAUGGAUCGAUACAUGGUGAUUGUACGAGCUAUGGAGGCACGCAAAGCUAACCGGCAGUUGAUCAGCUGGGGGAUUUGUGUGGCUGUCUGGGUCACUGGGGCUCUUCUCUCUCUGCCCGGGCUUUUCUACUAUUCUUACAAGUCUCCAAGUUCCAAUAACGAAGUGUGUGCCGAGAAAUACGACCCGGGAAGUGCUGAUACGUGGCGGCUUGUGACCAGAAUCCUCCGCCAUACUUUGGGUUUUCUCAUCCCAUUGGCCAUCAUGCUGCCCUGUUAUGGAGUAACUGUCAAGCGCCUCCUUCACAUCCGUGGGGGAUUCCAGCGCCAACGAGCCAUGAGAGUGAUCGUGUGUGUGGUUGUUGCCUUCCUGCUGUGCUGGACCCCGUACCACUUUUCAGUGAUGGUGGACACAUUUUUCAGGGCAAAGAUUGUGCCUUAUCAGUGCCCAUCGAGGAUGGCGGUGGAUAAGGCCAUGCUUGCCACUCAAAGUCUGGCUCUACUACACAGUUGUGUUAACCCAGUGCUGUAUGCGUUUGUCGGGGAGAAGUUCAGGAAGAGGCUGCAGCAGGUACUGAAGAAGAUGGGCAUCCUGAAGAGAACAUCAGUGUCCAGAGCCAGCAGAUCUUCACUGUCAUCAGAGAUUACAUCCACAUUUAUGUAAAAACAAGGAAGAUAAACUUGUGAACUGUUGUUGUAUAAUCUAAAGCAGUGGCUCUCAGCGGGUCUGUUCAACCACUCAAAUUUGUUCAGUAAAAAUGUUGCCAUUUUUGUCUUGGAUGGAACAAAAAAUUUUUAGUCAAACUAAGACAGGUCAAACAAACAUGUUUAAAAACACAUCAUUACAGAAACACCUGGUGGAUGACAGGCAUACAUUUUAUUUUACUCUUUUUCUCAUGAAAACAUGUAAGUUUUGGUUGUUCUUUAGAGGUCUUAAGAAAUGUAUGUAUUGUCAUGAAAACCAGCUUUUUAAUCUGAAGAAACCAAUGAAAAUACAUCAAGAGCUUUAGAAUAGUCAGAAUUUACUUAUCACCAGUGUUGGGGGUAAUGCAUUACAAAGUAAUCCAUUAGAAUCCUACGUUUUGCUUUAACAGACAAUCAAAUAAUCCGUUAUUAUUAUUUUCAUAAAAUGAUGUUACUGAAAAAAUAAACUCCCCCUAAAGAUAGAAGGGAAUCCCAACAGGAUCUGCAUUGUUUCUCUACUUCCUGUCUGCAUGUAGCUGCCUGCCAGCACAUGGUAAACACAUCAUUGUCAGUGUGCACAUAUUGCUAGCUAGCGAGGACAGCAUUACAGCAUUAAAAGGACAAUUACAUGGUGAAAUGUAUGUUCAAAAGCUCAUAUGUUGUUUUUAUUGAAACGGCUGUGCAGCCAUUCCAAUGAGACAUACUGUAUUAUACACAGCCUGUGAGUAAUACUGUAGGCCCCUGUCCAGCUCCCUGUCAGAUUGUGACCAUAUGAAAGAGAUGUAAGCACGUUUCUUAGUUAUCGGGCUGCAGAGUUGCAGAUUAUGGGCUGUAGACUUUGCUGAAGAAUGACAGUAGAGUCUACAUACUGAAAGGCAGAUGUAAGCUACGGGGGGCUACAUGCUAUUUUAAUAAUCCACAAUAAUCGACUGUGUUUCUAACACAGUAAUUUAAAGACUUUUAAAAGUAACUCGACCCAACACUACUUAUGAUGGCUAAACAGAUUACACAGAUAUAUUGAUUUUUUAUGGCUGCUGUAUGUUGGUAACUUUUUAUAUCCUAGCUAACAAUUGCGAUCCACUGAAAACAGCUCCACAACCUACUUUUGGGUCCCAACCCACUAGGUGAGAACCACCUAUCUUAAGUGUUUGACAUCGGAGUAAUAGUUUUAUACUUAUGCUAUUUUUAUAACAACUCUUAUUUGUUUAGAAUAGCUAUUUUGGAAAUAUAAUUGUACAAAACUUCCUGGGAGUGCCAUGAUUUUUUCCACCGGAAACUGUAAAUACUGUAGUAUUAAUAAAAAAUGCUCUAUUUUUUUAUAUUUUAAGUUUGUUGGAUGACCAUGGGUGAUAAAACAAUGUUUUUGUGUUCUGGCUUAUAAUUUUAAAUUUAUUUAUUUGAUUUUGCUACGCUAGGCACAUUCUUUUCUAACCAAUAUAUGUUUUCUAUCUAUAUACAAAGUCUGUCUUGGUAUUGGUUUUAGUGAACUAGAGACGACCUUGUGGUUAUCCAUCCACUCAUUUCUCAGUGAUUACAGGGGAAACUGCAAAAAAAAAAAAAAAAAAAAAAAAUUUAAGUGCGACAUUGUUGCACCACAAAAACUAUGUCAA